AUUCUUGUAAUACAAACAUAACCUAAAAAUCUAACAAACAUAACCUAUUUGUUACCGACAAUGACAAACGGCUCAUUUUUAAUAUCUAUAAGUGGCCAAAUUGAGUACAUAACCGCUUUAACAACAUCCGGAACAUCUUGGCACUGCAAAUACGAAUUAAUAACCGGCCCAGAUUGGAAGAUAGUUGGUGGUUUAGAACUUGGUUUAUCACAAACAGUUAACAUAACCCAAAAUUGCUCCAAAAUCGUUUUAAAUUACCCCAUUGAUAUCGUUUAUAAAUCAUCGAAUAUCUUCGGAUGGCCCCAACUAAUUUUGAGUGUUUACGAAGGUUUCAAAUUAAAAGGUUAUGGUAGAAUCCACAUCCCCAUUCAAACCGGGGUCCAUUUAAUCGAUGUUAGUUUAGCAAGACCACAACCUAGCUCUUUGCUAGGUUAUUUUGGAACCUUUUUUGGUUAUCAACCUGAACUAUUAGAACCAAAGAUGCUAGCGGAAGACGAAGGAAUAGGAUUAAUUCGAAUGAUUUCAAGCGGAGAAAUAAGAUGCUCUUUAAACAUAUUAACACAAAAUUUAGUUUCUUUAGGUUAUGAUGUCGGAUUAAAAAGAAAUUAAUAAUUGUCUUAGCAACGCUCAAACAAAAAUUUUUUUUUUGCUUUUUGGAUGAAUUUUAUUCAAAAUUGUGUGUAAUUAUAAAAAUUAUAGUGAUAAUUAGAAUGGGAGGUGUUUCUAAAAAUUACACGGAAGGUAAUAAAAGUAUGGAAACGAUUCAAGUGUUAUUAGAGAAAAACCAGGUGAAACUUCAAAGUUACGUCGACGUUAAAACGCGAUUGGAACGUGCCAUCGAGAAAAAUUUCCACGAAAUUGAAAAUAUGAACGGGAAAAUUCGAUCGAUAGAGAUCCAAAUUGAACGGUUGGUGCAAGAAGCUGCUGCCAGAGAAAUACAAGAUAGAACGAAAAGGGAGUUGGCCCUAAUUAAGGAUGAUGCUGUUUAAAUAAUUUUGUAAAAAACUAUGUAAAAAAAUCUUUUUAAUUAAUAAAACAAUACAAAAAAAUAA